GCGGCCCCGGGCGACAUGUACCUGCUGGACGGCAGCGGCGAACCCGCGUCUCCGCCUGCGGACGCGAUGCAGCGCGGGACGCCCCCCAGGAAGACAGUCUACCGCAUCUCCGUGACCAUGGUCAGGAAGGAGCAGCUGGGCGCUCCGGGCCCCGGCGGCCCCGGCCCGCGCCCUGCUCGGAGGCCCCGGCCCGCGCGCUCCCCGGACGCACCCGGGCGGCUCCUGGAGGAGGCGGCGGCGGCAGCGGGCGCUGAGGAUCUGGAGGGCCGCCGGCCGCGCGCCUGGGACUUCCGCACCUUUCGCACCCGCAGCACCGGGCAGCUGGAGCUCGGGCGGCUCCGGCCGUGCGCACGCGACCCGGAGCCCGCGGAUCUGGCCGGCAGCCCCCCGACGGUGGAGGAGGCGCCUGGCUCGCUCGCGCCCGGUAGCCCGGACGUGGAGGAGGCCCGGGCCGCACCCCUGCGACGAAGCCUCAGCUUCAGGCACUGGAGUGGGCCCGAGGUGCCGCAGGGCCUGGCCCUGGGCCGCGGGAGGCGCCACAGCAGCUCCGGGAGCCUGGCCUGGGCGCCGGGUGGCGAGGCUGUGGCCGACCCCGAGGCCGCCCUGGAGCCCGCGGCCUCCGCGCAGCCCUCCUCGGAGAAGCGCAACACCCUGGACGUGGGCGAGGUGCUCAGCAAGAACGAUGCGCUCUCGGACCUGGAGCGCUGGGAGCGCAGCAAGAGCAAGAACCGCACGCUGGACAACAGCGACUUGCAGCGGCUGGAGCGCGCGCGGGCGGCGGCCGCGGGCCCCGGCGCCGCGUCGGAGCACCGACUGCUGCGCUUCUUUAGCGGCAUUUUCGCGCGCAGGGACGGCGCGCCCGGCGGCGGUCCUUCCCCGCGGAGCGGGGCCUCCAGGCCGCGCGGCUACUUCAGCAGCCUGCGGCGAGCCCCGGCCGACACGCACUCGUCCAGCGCCGAGAGCAUCGACGGGUCGCCGCGCAGAGACGCCUUUGUGAACAGCCAGGAAUGGACGUUAAGUCGAUCUGUCCCGGAGCUCAAAGUGGGGAUUGUGGGUAACUUGGCCAGCGGCAAGUCGGCCCUGGUGCACCGGUACCUGACCGGCACGUACGUCCAAGAAGAAUCGCCCGAAGAUAUGGAUGCAGGUGGCAGAUUCAAGAAGGAGAUCGUUGUGGACGGCCAGAGCUACCUGCUGCUCAUCAGAGAUGAAGGGGGCCCCCCAGAGGCACAGUUUGCCAUGUGGGUGGACGCUGUCAUAUUUGUCUUCAGCUUGGAGGACGAGAUAAGCUUCCAGACCGUCUACCACUACUACAGCCGGAUGGCCAACUACCGCAGCACGAGCGAGAUCCCUCUGGUCCUCGUGGGGACCCAGGAUGCCAUAAGCUCCACCAACCCGCGGGUCAUCGACGACGCCAGGGCGCGGAAGCUCUCCAGCGACCUGAAGAGGUGCACGUACUACGAGACGUGCGCCACCUACGGGCUGAACGUGGAGAGGGUCUUCCAGGACGUUGCCCAGAAGAUUGUUGCCACAAGGAAGAAGCAGCAGCUGUCCAUAGGACCUUGCAAGUCGCUCCCCAACUCCCCAAGCCACUCGUCCGUCUGUUCCGCACAGGUGUCUGCUGUACAUAUCAGCCAGACAAGCAAUGGCGGUGGGAGUCUGAGCGACUAUUCCUCCUCCGUCCCGUCCACGCCGAGCACCAGCCAGAAGGAGCUGCGCAUCGACGUCCCGCCCACGGCCAACACGCCCACGCCCGUCCGCAAGCAGUCCAAGCGCCGCUCCAACCUCUUCACCUCUCGGAAAGGGAGUGACCCAGACAAAGAGAAGAAAGGCCUGGAGAGUCGGGCAGACAGCAUUGGGAGCGGCCGAGCCAUCCCAAUUAAACAGGGCAUGCUGCUGAAGCGAAGUGGCAAAUCAUUGAACAAAGAAUGGAAAAAGAAAUACGUCACCCUGUGUGACAACGGCGUGCUGACCUACCAUCCAAGUUUACACGACUACAUGCAGAACGUUCAUGGCAAAGAGAUCGAUCUUCUGAGAACCACUGUGAAAGUCCCAGGCAAGAGGCCCCCCCGAGCCACGUCCGCCUGCGCGCCCAUCUCCAGCCCCAAAACCAACGGCCUGGCCAAGGACAUGAGCAGCUUGCACGUCUCACCAAAUUCAGGGAAUGUCACUAGCGCUCCUGGGUCUCAGAUGGCGAGCGGCGUCAGCCUGGGCUCCUUGAGCGGCCGACCGGACGGCGUGCAGCAGCGCUCCUACUCUGUCUCCAGUGCCGACCAGUGGAGUGAGGCUACGGUCAUUGCAAACUCGGCCAUCAGCAGUGACACGGGGCUGGGCGACUCCGUGUGCUCCAGCCCCAGCAUCUCCAGCACCACCAGCCCCAAGCUCGACCCGCCCCCCUCCCCCCACGCCAACAGAAAGAAGCAUCGCAGGAAGAAAAGCACCAGCAACUUCAAAGCCGACGGCCUCUCCGGCACUGCUGACGAACAAGAAGAAAACUUUGAGUUUAUCAUUGUGUCCCUCACUGGCCAGACGUGGCACUUUGAAGCCACCACAUAUGAGGAGCGGGACGCGUGGGUCCAGGCCAUCGAGAGCCAGAUUCUCGCCAGCUUACAGUCGUGCGAGAGCAGCAAGAAUAAGUCCCGACUGACCAGCCAGAGCGAGGCCAUGGCCUUGCAGUCGAUACGGAACAUCCGCGGGAAUUCCCACUGUGUGGACUGCGAGACCCAGAAUCCCAACUGGGCCAGUUUGAACUUGGGAGCCCUCAUGUGCAUCGAGUGCUCAGGGAUCCACCGGAAUCUUGGCACCCACCUCUCUCGAGUCCGAUCUCUGGACCUCGACGACUGGCCCAUCGAGCUCAUCAAGGUGAUGUCGUCCAUCGGGAACGAGCUGGCCAACAGUGUCUGGGAGGAGGGCAGCCAGGGGCGGCCCAAGCCCUCGCUGGACUCCACGAGGGAAGAGAAGGAGCGGUGGAUCCGGGCCAAGUACGAGCAGAAGCUCUUCCUGGCCCCGCUGCCCUGCACGGAGCUGUCCCUGGGCCAGCACCUGCUGCGGGCCACCGCCGACGAGGACCUGCGGACAGUCAUCUUGCUGCUGGCGCACGGCUCCCGGGACGAGGUGAACGAGACGUGCGGGGAAGGGGACGGCCGCACAGCGCUGCACCUGGCCUGCCGGAAGGGCAACGUGGUCCUGGCCCAGCUCCUCAUCUGGUACGGGGUGGACGUGAUGGCCCGCGACGCGCACGGGAACACGGCGCUGGCCUACGCGCGGCAGGCCUCCAGCCAGGAGUGCAUCGACGUCCUGCUGCAGUACGGCUGCCCCGACGAACGCUUCGUGCUCAUGGCCACCCCCAACCUGUCCAGGAAGAACAACAACCGGGGCAACAGCGGCGGGAGAGUCCCCACCAUCAUCUGAGGACCCGCGGCCUCCCCCCCCCCCACCCCGCGGCCUCGGGAGUCACCGGCACGUGAGUCCCGACGCGUCCCCUGGCUCCUCCCGGCGGACCCCUGCCACCCCCCCACACCCCCACCCCCCACCCCCAGUGACAUCACAAACCCCGGACGGUCCUGGGGGGCGCGGCGCGAGGCGGAGGCCCCGAGGCAGCAGCAUGGAUUCCUUUGCAUAAACUCCCCUGCCGGACAGACAGGAGCGGCCGGAGGGCCUGGGUUCGUUGAUUGCAGCACACGGCGCCGGACCCCGGUCCCUCCGGUGACCGGGAGACGGAGCAGGGCACAAGGGACUCGGGGACGAGGGGGGGAGGGGAGGGGAGGCGAGCAGCCGGCAGAAGGGGCAACUCCCCUUAACUGGCAGUUAAGCACAUCAGUACAUUGCACCUCUACCGAACGGAACACUGGGAUUCCAUCUCUUCUCCAAGGAGCUUGACGGCAUAAAUCAGAAGCAAGCAGAGUUUGUCAGGUUUGAAGCCCCUAUGAUGGUAUGUGUCAAAUCAGUUGUAGCUAAUUUGUCCAGGGAGAGUACUGGCUUCAUUACUCUCGUGUAGUCGAGUUCUUCCAGCAUCACCGCCGUUUAAUAGAACAUGAUUAGUCAUCACCGAGAAGAAAGCGUAUUAGCUGAGGAGGUAGUUACCCAGCACGCUCUGAUGAUUGCCACGAUGUGAUUGCAAUACUCUUAGAAGCAUCGUAUUAUCCCAGACAUGUUCUUUCGGGCCCUUGGAGCUCUCCUUACUAAAUUCACUGUCAUAAUUUAGUAUCUGUUUAAUUUUUCAGUCCAAAGAGAGGAAAUCAGUUGCUGAGUAUUAUUUGACUGCAGCCUCCUUGGUGCAAAAACAGAAUGGAAAAAAUAAAUAAGAGUGACUUGGAAUCUCACAAGGAAAGCACGAAUUCCGCUAACGACCACAUUGCGAGCACACUGAGCACUCAAAGUCCAUGCAUAAAAAGCUCUUUCUCCCCCCCCCCCAAAAAAAAAACCCACGGCGUGUGUCAUGGGCCUCCGUCACUCCCGGGCCACGUCACCCCAGUCACACAGGCUCCUGUAUUAUGUCUUUAGAUGAGAUGUGUGAAAAUCUAUUUGAAUAAAAGAAGUUCAUAAAUAUGCAUUGAUUUUUGUACAGACAAAUGGCACCUCUGUUAAUUUAUAAAUUGAACUAGAUGUGAACUAAUAAUAUGCAACUGGUUGAGAUAAGAGGGUUACAGAUCAUUGUACAUGCGAAAUAGCGCCCGCAGUAAACACUUCCAUUAAUGUGAUGUACAGCUUUUAAGAAGGAGCAUAUCAGGAUACCGUGGUGGUACAAUUUGCUUAUUAAAAUCAUGAAAAAUUAAAAAGACUCCGAAGCAUAUUCGAGAGGGAAGGGGGCAUGUGAUGCCUCAUUAUUGAAAAAAAAGCACGAUUUAGAACUGACACGACUUUGGCCAACACUGAGGAAGGGGCCGUGACAAGGCAGGGGUUGACUUUGCAAAUUCCAGACCCAAGCGCUUCGCAAAGGUCCAUCUUGACCGCCGCUGCCGAGCUGGGGGCAGAGGCCGGCUUGUGAGACUCCUAAUCAGACUCUCCCCCCGCCCCCGGGGGCCAGGCCCUUCUGUUUCAGGAGGUCGCCCGAUUUGCCGUCACCAUGGUUUCUGGCUGCUUCAGACUUUGGCCACCUUCAUUCAGCGUCAUGGCCAAACAUAGGAAACCAGAUUGUGACACCUGAGGUUAAAAAGAAAAGGGGCAACUGUGCCUUGAGCCCUUGGGCAGCAUGACGGGGGUGGCGGCGGUGGCAGGGGUGUCACCAUGAAGGACAGCACAGAAACGUAGGGCCCCCUUCACCCUGCUGCCUCCGGGAAAGUUCCUGGCUCUCAUAUAUUAAACCUUCUAUUUUGUAAGAAUUUUUCCUCUUCUUUCGCUUUUUAAAGAAAUUUUAAAUUAAAAUAGGUGGGGGAAAAAAAUAAAGCUUUACACACUUUCUCUGUGGGUCAGUGUUUCAUGGGCAUUUCUAACCUUAACGCAGCUCAGUGGAACGUGGCAGUUCCCGGGGCAACAGGGCACGGGAGCCGCAAGCCUGGGAGCCUAGACCGCAGGUCCGUAAUCCCUCCGCCCGGUUUUUAAUUCUGUGUUUCAUCACUGUGUGGUUAUUUUCAAUGUGAAUAGAAAAAAAAAAAAAAAAGUCCUUCCUAUUUUUGAAGAAUGCAUUACUGCUCUCAUCCAGCCACACACGUCAGUGUCCCCAUUUGCAUAGAUAGGUAGUGAAGGCAGGUAGAGUAUAACGAAAUUCUUAAAUUAUUUCAUUGUAGCUGAUGCCCACUAUAGGAAUGCUUUAUCAGAGUGAAGCCUUUCUUUCGAAAAGAGACGGAAUUCCUUGUGAGGCUUCUCUUUGGGAUGUAUAUGGGUGUGUACAUAUUAUGAUAUGUGUUUAUAAUAUAAUAUUUUCCCAAAUGACUUCCUUUUUCACUUAGCCUCUCAUGGCCCGAAUGCUAGACCUUCUCCUUCCCUGCCUCCCCUCCAGCGCCAGGACUUCACUGAUUCCUCCUUGGAAAAGGACACCCCUCGCCUGCUAUUUUUAGCCAUGUUGAUCUGCUCUGGGGGGCAGCCUGCUUUCUUGAGCCCGAGUUUUGGCAACAGAGGAGAGGCUGUCGUGGCUUUUAAAGGUUUUUCCCUGAACGUACAGGCGACCAGGGGCUCAUCUGUUGUAUUCCAGUGACUUCUCUGCUGGACCGCUCUGUCAUUCCCAUCUUACAAGCCUUACUAACACCAAGACCAGAGAAGCCACGAUCCAGGGCCAGUGUUAGAAGUAGCCAGUUUGGGAAGGGGGUCGAGCUGUCAUUAUUUCCACGUAGGCUCUGGGACAGUGACAUAGGAAAUGACCCCUGUGGACUCCACGUGACCACUUCUAUUCAACCUCUUCUAGUCUCCUCUAUUCGGAAUUUUCAGUGAAAAUUUUUCCUUGAUGAGAAACCCGCUGGCUGGGGAGGGCAUGUGAGCAGGUGGCCCCUCCUGAGGGCGCUCGCACAGGUGGUCUGCAUGCACCCCUUUCUCUCUGGAUUGCUCCCAUGGCCGGGAGACCCCUUCAGAGAAAGGAGCCUGAUUCCGACCCUGCACAGGUGGACCUGGAGAACUAGCGUGGUCCUUACCGAGCCACGGUCCACGCCGUGUGGACUCACCCCAGGGAGCAGGUGCGGGCAGCAGGUGCAGGCUGACUAUGGGGCUGGCAGCACAGGAGAAAGCAGCUCUUCCCCAGUGACUCCAGCCUGAUGUCCUUACCUCAGCUCCCUUCUGUCCCCGCCCCCAGGUUUUGUGACCUUUGCACACUUUCAGGGUCGUUUCCCACGUGUGCAAAGGAACCAGCAGGACUUCGUUAGGGACAAGAGUCCAACGAGAAAGGCAGGCCUGGGGGGGCGGUCCCCUGGCCUCACCAGGGGCUCCCACCUGGGCAGCAUCCGCUUCUCGCUUCCUCAGCUGGGAAACCUGGGGCCUUGCAGGGUUUGGUGAUGUCGGGACCACAGGGUGAUAAAUGACAGCCUGACACCCACUGAGGGGCCGGAUGCUCAGGAGGGGGGCCCCGUUUAUGAAGAACAGAACGUGGGUAGAACCUGAGCCCCGCACCGGGAACCCCCUCCAGCUCGCCCGAGGCCAUGUCCUGGGGGUACCGGUGGCACGUGGUCAGCCGGCCCCUCCUGCUGAGCCCCUCCCCUGCCUCGGCUGAGCCGCUGGUGCCGCUUCUCAGCCCAUGUGUCAGGCAGGCAUGAGAGCCCUUCUCCCCGAGGGACGAGCCCAGGUACCGAGACGCGACCUCCAUCCUUAGUCCAAGUUGAUGUUCCGGGGAGGGGGGACGCCAGAUCUGCUUGCAGGGGACCCUGCGCUGGCAGAGGGUGGCUUCAGGCCCCCUCCAUGCCCCCCCCAUCCCUCCCUGAGCUUGCGGGUUGGUCCGCGGACGUGCACGUCGCUGGAGCCGUCCUCCCUGUCAGGGUGACCUUCACCUCCCAUGUCUGCGCUCGGUGGGCACACCCUCCCCCUUGGCGCCCCGCCGGACCCCGGGCCAGGCUGUGCUCACGGUCCCCGUGGCUCCCACCCCACCGACCCUUCUCCCUGCAUUAAGAAUGUUCUGGAAACAAGAGGGGGCAUUCCCCACUCCCGCCUAGGGAGGCUCAGAAGCCUUGCGGCCACGCAAGUCCUCUCUGAGGACGGCCGAGUCUCAGAGCCCGCCCACGAGGCGCGGAGGAUGGGCAGGCAGAUGCCUUAGCUCUGGAGGGGCCGCUUCCCCUCCCCCCACCUCUGCUCUGUUGACGUCCGUCUCGCGCCCCCCAAGGUCAUCUCGACUUUUCUAGAACUCCCCUGGAUGGUAUUUAUGUCCUUCGAGCAAACAAAUUGAAAAGCCGUCAGGAAGCAGUUCGGAUGGAAAUGUGCUGGGGAUACGCAUCUUUCUUUCCCAGGAAAUAUAAUUUAUUUCCAGCUGCCUCCGCAAACGUGGGUUUCACCCUCUGUGAAGUCGUGUCUUGCCGUGAUUUUCACCCUCAUCCUUCACCAAAAAGCUAAGGGCGCUCGGCAUCGAGACGUUGCAUUCUUCGCUUUUCACCAUUGUGGACGUGUUGCUUGUGGGGCUUGGCCCCUGUGGCUUCCUCAGGAAGCCCCGUGGUCAGGGGGUCAUUGGUGUGGGCUCCACCCUGGCCUGGCCAGGUGCCUAGGGGUGCCACUCACGGUGGGCAGGGGGCCCGGCUGCCCCCCUUCCCGGGAGGGUGGGGUCCGCCCUGUGCGCUCCUCCCGCGGCUCCUUGGUUGGUCACGUGUCCCCGUCAGCUGCCUUUCAGUCAGGACGUCGGACCCCCUCCAGUCGAGGGGCGGAGAGAGGGGAAUGAGUCAGUCAGUUGGCACAGAUGGAACAGUGCCCCGGCUUUCAUUUCAUCACUGCCAGGCCGUCGUCCCUGGAACCCUAAAUGCUGUGACACCCCAGAGAGAGGGGUCAUUGCCACUCAGGACCAGCAUCCCCACGCUGGACGUUCAGCCACCUCAGUCUUAUCCCCAAGUCAUGGGUCUGUGUCCCCCUUAGAGAGGAUGUGCUGACCUGAAAUAGAGCUUCCAAAACUAUGACUAAAUCCCUCUCUAAUUGUGGCUGUUCUGCUGCUUUUUAAACACAGGCUCAUGCUUUUGUCCAGUUCAGCUUUUUCACUUUGGGUCCAGGUUGAAAUUAGAGGACUUUUCAUCAGUAGGGGAUUCUGUUAACACCGUAAAGUCUGGUUUUAAUCUGCAAUUAAAAAAAAAAAAAAAAAGCCCAAGUUUUAGAAGUAUUUCUGUUUCUCCAGGGUGGUAAGCACCCUCCCCAAAGCAAGGCUGCAGUGACCGUGAACUCGAAAGCCUCUCCUUGCCACACUUCACCUAUGAGGUGGUGGUGUUUUUGCUAUCAGUUGUGACUGCAUUUGGUUUGGGGGUUUUCACCCCCUUUUUGAUAAAAAUGCCCUUGUCUGAGGCCCUCAUCCCAUCCAAAGGGCCUUCAGUGCUGGGGAAGAAGGCAGGGUGGGGACGGGAGAGCCCAGCCGAGACCCGCAGUGGCUCUGAAGCCUGCAGGUGUACAGGUGAGCGGCCCCAGGUAAAGGGACAGAAGCAUGGACUUCCAGCCAUGGGGCCCCCAGCACCCAGCAGGUGCUGGCCAUGGGCGAGGCAAGGCACCUGCCUGAGUGCAAGAGAGGGGGGCUGGGGGCUUGUGUUGUGUCAGGCCUAGACGUGGCCUCUGCAGAGAAGGACCCCCCCGCGGCUCGUGAGCAGGGCAAAGGAUAAAGGCUGGCCUAUGCAAGUGCACUGAGGACUGACCCAGGUUUCAGGGUCGGUGGGCCUUCCCUGCCCUCCGUCCUGAGAUGCAGGGGAAAGAAAGGAACCACAGGAGAUGUGAGAGGGUCGAGGGAACUCGAAUGGAGCAAUGCCCCUCAGGACGCCCCUGUCAGGAACAGGCGCCCCCAAAGCAGGUUGCGCCCCUGUCUCCCGGCUUGGCCCCGGAAGCUGAUGUCUGAGCUGGUUCAAACAUUCUUGUAAAAAGGACUCUGCCCAGAGUCUGAGUGCUCACACUCAGCAGUGGCUUAUGGCAAUUAAAGGGAACCCCCCCUUGUCUUCCCACCCCCGGUAUGACGCCAGUACCUAGGAACCCUGAGUGACAGCUUUCCGCAGAGACCCUGGCAGGCAGCCCAGCAGGAGCCACUGUGCUCAGCUCGGCACCAGACAGUCCGAUGAGUGGCCUCGGGGAAAAGAUACAUCCCACCUGGGUUCUUUAGAGGCCGGCGGGGACAGAGGCUGGCCCCGGGGGGCCGGGGCCAGGCCAGGGAUUCCGCUCUUAGGGCUCAGGUGAACACACUGUGCGCCUUGCAGCCCCUGGUCCCGCCCCGGGGUCCGUGCAGUUUUCUCACCAGGACCUGUCUUGGGCUGCGCCGGUGGACGCGAGCGCGGAUGGGGCCAUUCCGUGGUGGCUGGGCGGUGGGUACCCCGAGGAAUUGCAGUUAGUGCAUCUUGGCGUUGGAAAUAAGGCUUUCUCCUAAACGCAGUGCUGUUUCCCUCCUCCCACUGGGUUUUUCGGUCAAAACUACAUCUAAUCCUUGACGCCCUUGCCCCUGCCUGAGCCCCGCGUGCUGGGGACGCCGUGUGCACCUGAUCACAGGCGCCCUGCUGAGUCCCGGGAGUCCCAGGCGGGACGUGGGCCACGCCAGUCACAGGCACAGACAGCCCCCCCGCUCUCCUGUCUCUGACUUGGGACCAGGUUCUUAUCUUGCCACCGGGCAUGUUUCUGAAAGGCGAGCCUGAGCAGGUCAAAGGUGAGGCGUGAGAGGCAUUUUUAGGAGGGACCAGGGAAGGCCGAGCCUGGGGACACUUCUGAGCACAUUUCUCUAUUUCUGUAAAUAGCCAUGUAUAGAAGAUGGAAGAGUAGCCUGGGGUUUAUCCAGAGAUGGGUUUGGUUUUUUUGGGUUGUUUGGUUUUUUGGGUUUUUGGGUUUUUUGGGUUGUUUUUAUAUUACCUCAUUCAGCAAGUUUAUGUUUCACAAUGACUCAAUGAUGCUUUAUUUAUAUUGUUUGUACUGUAAUUAAAACCAUUGACAGACAUUUCACUUUGCUUGUUAUUUCAUAUGAUCUUGUUUUGAUUAAAUAUGCCAGUUUGUA